AUAAAAUAAUAUUUGUGCAUUUUUAUAUAAAGCGAAAUGUUUUUAAGAGAUGUAGUUUCUAGUUAAAUAAAUUGGUGCUCAUUAAAAUUACACAUAAAUUGCAAAAAAUCUAACCUAUUUUUUGUUGUCAUUUGAUAAGUUUAUUAUUUUGUUAUAGGUAGUGUAUUUUUUAAUACUUUCUUUAAAUUCGUUUUAUGUGUGAUGACCAAUUGCAAUUAAAGGUCUAAGGCUGUAAGAUAAGAGUAUCAAAUGGAAUACAUAUUUUAAAAACCAUGUUUGUUUCCCAUGAAAAUACAAAUUCUAGCAAGAAAAAAUUUCAAAAGCCAAAUAUUUUGCGCAAAAGGUCUAACUUAUUAAAUAGGACAUCAAAUGUGAGAACUUCUAAUAAAACUGCAACUUAUGAAUCUCCAGAUGUUCAAUCGCUUCUAACCACAUCUUUUAUAAAUGAUCAAAAAAAUAGUGACAUAAACAUUAAGGUACCAGGAUGUAAAAAUAACAAAACAUUUGUGCCUAUCAAGCAUUCUGUUCAGAAAUCGAAAGUUGACAAUAAUAUAAUUAAAGUGGAAUUAGAUGCUGCUUCUAUAAAUCAAGCAAAUGUUGAAACAAAGAAUAUGAUUUAUUAUGGAAACAGUCCUUCUAGUAAUAAUGAGGAGAAUCAACACCAAACUUCUAUAAGUGUGGAGUCAUUGCUAAUGGGUGAAGUAGUCAGACAGAAUAUCCCUAUAUCAGAAAGUGAUCUCCAGCAGAAUAAAGAAAUAGAAAAUCAGAAUAAACCGAAAUGGUGUUUAGAUUUUACUCAAGACUCGCAGAAGAUUAUAAUUGAACAUUACGAUGGAUCCCAAUUUGAAGGUUUAUAUCUGGAUCAAAAAUCGGACAUUGUCAGCACAAUGGUUCCCUUAGCUGCCGUCUCGUCUUUACGUCAAGAUCCGCAGAUAGUGCAAGACGAAAACUAUACCCCUAUACCUUCAUUGACAAGUUUAGCCAGCGUGCCGUCUUUAGAUGAUUUCUCCAAAGCUGUUUCAUGUGAGGAUUUUAACUCUGUGGUCACUAUUCAGAAUGCAUCUACAAUGCCAUCUACAGAUCAAGACCUGAAUAACGUUGAUAAUUUUCCAUCCAUGACCACUAUACAAAAGAUUUCAAUGGAGCAGUUAAUUACUGCACCAGUCAGAUUUAAGUGUGAGAUGCCAAAUUGUAAUAAGGAGUUCAUGAGUGAGCAAAAGUUAAGGAAACAUAUGAAUUCACACAACAAAGAUAGCAUCACAAAACCUCCGAGACAGACGACGGUGGAGUGCCCCGUUAAGAGGAUUCAUGAAAAUGGACUGGAGGAGCCAUGUGGAAGGAUAUUUCAUGUUAGAGAUGAACUUGCAAAACAUUUAAAUGAAGAGCAUACUAUAGAAGAAGCUGUUUAUAGAUGUUUGGAAUGCAGUCGACGGUUCUUCUGGGCGUCGGGCCUGCGCGCGCACGCGCGUGCUCACGCCGUGCGCACGGGGCGCGCCGUGCUCGCGUGUCCGUGGCCGGGCUGCGCGCGCGUGUUCCGCCAGCCCUGCCGCCUGCGCGAGCACGCGCGCGCCCACACCGGCGACAAGCCCUACCCGUGCAGCUACCCGAACUGCGGCUGGUCGUUCCGCACGGCCAGCAAGCUGAUGCGGCACGCGCGGCGCCACACGGGCGAGCGGCGCCACGCGUGCGCCACGUGCGGGCGCGCCUUCCUGCGGCGCGAGCACCUGCGCGACCACGCCGCGCGCCACCACGCGCCGCACGCGCGCCGCCUGCACGCCUGUCCGCACGCAGAUUGUGAGCAAAGCUUCACAAAUAUGAGUUCGCUGUAUAUGCACAUGAAGAAGAUUCAUAGGAAGGAGCAAAACAAUACUCCUGAAACUCUAAAUAAGAUUGAAAAUCAAGAAUUACCAAAAGCGCCUUCAGAAAAUUUAUUUAUGGUCAGUUUAUUAGAACCAAAUUCACUCGAAUCCGUCGAAGAAGUGGGCGAUACAAGCGCAGCCGCCGUCGGCGAGGACGGUCACGCGGCGCGCACGCACUGCACGUGGCCGCUGGCGCGCGCAGAGCACUACCGGCACGCGCUGGACGACGACGGACAGGUUGAGCAAUCCGAAGGCUCCGAAAGUAACAUAUACACAGUGAGAAGUGACUUGUUCCUUCACGGGAACGUUUUGCACAACGAAGACAGCGAGCCGAUGUCGGGCUGCGUGCGCGCGGACGCGACCGCGCUGGACGCGGAGCUGCUGCUGGACGCGCCCUCCGUGCACCUCGACCAGGAGGAACUGUACACGGAUGCUGUCGACGAGUCUUCGUUCAGAGUGUUUCUUCUUAGCGGUGAGGAACUUGCAUAAUCGUCUAUUUAGAACCUUUCAACGACAUCGUUUGUUUACGUGUUAUAUCACUUCUAGCAGUGGCGGAUUUACAUAUUUUAUAUAGGUAGGCCAUGUAUUGUUCUCCUAAAGAAACAGAAUAGGGUAUAUUACGUUUAUUAUCGAAGUUAGAAAUGUAAACGAAAAAUGUUUGCUUAAAACCUCUUUCGGUUAUUCCUAAAUAAAUUAUUUAAAUUAAAUUCGCCGCUGACUUUUAGAGAUAACUGAUAAUAUAAUAACAUGUAAUAUAACUUCUCUUAUAUAACUUCACUAUCAAUGAGACACAAUAUAAAACGUGAUCACGACUGAAAUUCCUUCAUUUUAAGUUACAAAUAACGUUUAAUUUAGUUUAUACAAUUUUUUCUAAACCUUCAUAUUAUAUUUUAAUAAGAUAUAUAAGCGAUAUUCAUAAAACGUGAAAAACUUCAUACUAUAUAAAUGAAGUCAUACGUAUACCUUAGAUGUUUAGAAAUUACUUUAAACGAUGUAUUUAAAGGUCCAAAUCCGUAUUGAACUUUUUAAAUAAUCAUGUGUAAUAGCACUAAACGGUCUGAUUUAUGAAUAUUGUUUAGCGGACGUCUAGUUAAACACAGAUUUUUCUCUUUCUGUCAUCAUUGAUGUGACAUUUGAAAGAAGAAGAUGCAGCAUUGUUUCAUUAGUCAACUCCUAAAUAACAUUUAUUGGUAAAGCCGAAAUUGAUAAACUUUCGUUCAAAUAUGUGUUUAAUGUAAUGGUAUCACAAUAUAAUAAUACAUUAUAGUAUGCUAGAUAUCUUCUAAACGCCAAAUAGAAUUUGCCGCAGGGUUACCAUUUUAAUAAAAAAACACAUUUUUGAGUGACAUUUGUUAUUAACGUUUGUCAAAUUAUCAUCACACUAAUAUUAAUUGAAUGAUUAAUUAUAUACAUUGUAGUCUCUUGUUGACUGCGAUUAUAAUUUCUACAGAUUAUGAUAAAUAAAAUUAAUGAUUAUUUCUUAAACCUUAGGCAAGAUUUUAGGGCACUAAUUCUGCAUAUAAAGUUAUGUUGUAUAAAAUUUAUGUAAUUGUUAAAAACAAUUGCAAAAGCGUACACAACUAUUAAUUUGAUAUUAUUAGAAAUGUUUUUUUUUUUAUAGUGAUUAGUUGUAGUACUAAGUUUGGGAAAUUUUAAUUUGAAAUGCAAUAAGUUUAUACGUGAAAAUUAUACGAACCUACGGUACAAAUAUCUGUGCAUAUACGAAAUUAAUUAAUAAUUAAAUUUAGGGUGCAAUAAAUUUGUUUUUGUUGUUGAUUUUAGGCCAUUUUUAAAAUUUGAUUGUCUCAAUUUUUGAUCGUCAAAUAAUAUAAGUUAUUGAUAAUAAAAAAUAAAAUGUUUAAUAUUUACAUAUUGAAAAAUAAACACUGUUUUCAUUUAUAUGAUAUAUUAAAAUAGAUCAUAUAAACGUGUUAUUUUUACUUUCGACUGCUUAUAUUAUGUAAGUUAAAAAUAUCACACUUGCUCGAGGACGAUGAGAGUAAUUGAUCUCUACAUGCCUUCUAAAUUAAUCUUUAUGUAUAUUUCUAUAAUAGCAUAAUUUUGUAAUGUUUGUGAUACCGAUUUUUGAUAUAUAUAAUGUACAAUAUGUUACUAAGGUAAGUUUUUAGGUUAGGACUGUAGGUUAAGGUGAUUGUUAUCAGUUUGGAUAGUUUUAACUGACAUGACAAUCUAUUGUUUUUUUUAAUACGACUAUUUGAAUUAUCAACAUUCCGGAAGUACGCAACACUUAAUCGUAAUACUUUUUACAUGACUGCCUAAAAACAGUGUAAUGUUUUCAGGUUUCAUGUAUGCAUAUAGUUAUGCCUUAUAAUAUUUGGAUAUAUGGAGUAUCGUUGGAAUCCAUAUAUCAUCCCGAGUGAUACUGACUAUAAAUUAAUUAAUUCUUUCAGUCUUGUUUUGCCUUCUCGGUUUUUUCUUUAGGUAAAAAAUAGUUUUUACUUGAGAGCUAAUAAUGUAAGUAUGGUCAUGUUUUUUUAAUGUGAGCCCUAUUUGAACGCGAUGGGAGUAAAAAGGUAUUACUGCAACAUUUGAUUAACAUUUACUAUCACAAAAAAGUUACCCUUGUUCUAGCUUGCCAGAUUGUAUAGAGUACAAUUGUAGUUUAAUCAUAAUUUAUUUUUAAAAUGAGACACACUGGCAACAUUACCAAAACUAUAAUAUAGUUGAAGAAAUUAAAUUUAGUGUUGUGUAUCUCCGGGAUACUAAUAUGUACAUCUGAAUUGGUUUUUUUUUUAAAGUUGCUUUCACGUACACAGGGUACAGCAGAUAAAUACAAAGUAACUUUAUAUAAAUUACAUACUACAAAAUAAGUGUCACGGGAUACAUCGUAUGCAUUAGGAUAUACUAAUAACACUGUAAUGACAAUUAUAUGUCUUUUCAAAUUUUUCUAUUGACAUUUGACGUUAAUAAAAAAGGAGACGGGCGAAAAUUAGUCAAGAAGUUGCUAUAACGAAAUUUCGUCAAUCUUUUUUUUUUCUUAGUUUAAUAUUUUGAUGGAUUACAAUUGUAACAAAUAUUAAUAUAUAUUACUGAACUGAUCUCUGUAUAAUUUUUUAUUAUCAUUUAUUUGUCAAUUGUCAUCUCAUCAAACUUUGCUAAAUGUAUACUGUAUAAUCGGAAUUUCUGUGUAUAUUAAUAUAUUUAUAUAAGAAUCUGCGUGUAAGUUCAAGUUACUGUUAAGAACGCGGUAUGAUCUUAAUGACUCAUUCAAAAUGACUUUUAUUUAAGACGAUGUUUAAAUGAAAAAUAUUUGUUUCUUUUGUCUGUGAAACAAUCUACUCAUUGGGCAGACAUACAAGUUAUUUAGUUUUCGUAAUGAAAAUGAUAUUCCUUUUAAUGAAGUAGAAGUACCCUUUGUGUAACAUCAGGUCAAUUUUCGCUCGACUCCUUUAUAUUGAAUACUGGCUAGUCCACUAGAUUGUUGAGCCUUAACGUAUGCUUAGGUUUGUCAUGUUCAGCUUUAGUCAAAAACACAUCCAAGGAACGAGCCAAGUAACGCCUGCUAGGAUAAGUUUUAUUAUAUAGACGAAAAUUUAGUUUAAAAUUAUAUUGUAAAUAAGAAAUUAUAUUUUUGGAUAUACAAACAUAUGGUGAGAUGCUUAUUUUUUGAGACUGUUGUCCAAAAUCAACUUUUUGUUAAAAUUUAUUAUUAUCUAAAGUUACGUCUGCAGCUCCUUACUUGUUGUUAUUAAAAUAUUCGAAAGCAAGAUAUCGAUUGCUCGUAUUUUAUAUUUUAUUAUUAUAAAAUAGUCAAGGUUUAGUCAAUGGUCAUAGACAAAAAAAU